AUGCCACCCGUACCUAGUCAGAAAGGGACGGGCAAGAAGGGUUCCGGUGUCGUUCGACAGCGCAGUCGGAACACAACCCCGAACGCCGCUCCUCCUCCCGGGACCGCUGGCUUGCCUCAGGGCGAUACUAUUGAAACCGACUUCAUCAAGGAUCUCAAGUUCGAGUCGCUACCAACGAUAACAUAUGAGGACCUGAUCGAGUCUGGCGCCUCAAAUGCCAACAUACCAGAUUCAAAGAGCCUCGACGGCUUGAUCAAUCGCUUGACCAAGAUCCAUGACAUAAUCGAAGGUCGAGGUUCGUAUUGCGACCGUGGCAUGCGACUUGUGGCUGGUGAGCGAAGUAAGAUGCAUUUUGAGGACGUGUCUUCGGCUGGACGAGAGGACGAAAAGCCACGACGUGACGACGAUGAAAAGAAGGCCAACAAGAAGAAGAGAAAGGCGACCGAUAGUCUUGCACCUCAGGACGCCAAAGUUGAUCGAUCAUCGCCCUUGCGCGAUCCAAACAGCAAGCCCCGCAAACACUCGCGAGACAACGAUUCGGCAAGCUCUUCUCUAUCACCGGUUGCUAAGGAAACGCCAGGCGCCAUGGAUGUAGACGAAAAGCCCAAGACCCAGGAAAAGGCCGAGGAAGAGGAGGAAGAAGAAAGCUCUGAAGAUGAAGGCGCACCCCCUAGACGUGAGGCACCGCAGUUCCAGACAUUUGGUGAAGACCCUUCCACGUUCCCGGAUCCGACCGUUUACGAAAUUCGCGAGGUCACACCCGACAUGACGCCCGACCAGCGCCGGGAGAUUUAUAGCGUUGCCGUGUACCCAGAGUCGGAUCUUGCCGACCUGAUUGCGGGCGACCCGCCCGACCAGGAUUUCAGCAGUGGAAAGGCUUCAAACCAGAUCGCAGCAAGUACCUUUGCAACCUAUACCGAACCUUACUUCAGACCUUUUAAUGAAGAGGACUUGGCUUUCCUGAGAGAGCGCGGCGAUCGCGUAGCCCCCUUUGUCAUGCCCAAGCGAGGCAAGCGUCACUAUACCGAAAUCUGGGCAGAAGAAGAUGGUGCCACGUCCAUGGAUACAACUUCGCCCGGCCGCGACAAACUUCCCCCGAAUCAGCCUAGAGGCAAUAUUGAUCACAUGGAUGAUGAUGUGGCCGAGACUGACAAGCUCUCUGUCGGCCCCAUCCUCUCGAGACUGUUACAAGCUAUGCGCCCAGAGGCACGUGCUCAACCCUCCGAGGACAAGCCCAUGAUCAACGGCAUCAACGGCGAUUCUGAAGUCAAGGCUGAAACAAAUGGUGAAGUCAACGGAUUGAAUGAUGAAGACGGGAAGAGCUUACCGCCUGCAUCAUGCAUGCCCGAGUCGAGCAGCGAGGCGUGGAAGAAGGCUACCCACCCAAAAUUGGACUACACUCAGGUUGACGAAAGGAUCAAGCAGGAGCUUCGUCAUAUCGGCUUUUUGCCUGAGGAUGGCUUUGAUGGAGAUUAUGACGGGCACUACGAUGAUGAAGUCGCAGCACGACUUCGGCUCCUUCAAAAUCGCCUUCGCGACCAAAUCCUCAUUAAUGGCGCUCGUAAGGCUCGGUUGACUGAGCUCGUUAAGGAACGCAUGGCGCAUCAAGAGUAUCAAACUAUCCUCGAGGAUCUCGACAGUCAGGUCCAAGGCGCCUAUCUUAAGAGGACGCGCACCCUGGGCAAGUCCAAGAAGAACAAGCGACCUGGAGGUGCGGGCGGAGGCAAUCAAGCUGCUGGUGGUGGAGCUGCCGGCAUGGCGCGGCCUGGCAUUGGCGAUGUUGCCAAGACACUCAUGGAGCGUCGCCGCCGGUGGAUUGACAGCAUCGGUACAGUGUUUGAUGAUCCAAACCUGGGCAAGGUGCCUCGAGCAACAGAUCCGGGAAGUUCAAUCUUCAAACCCGAAGACAUGCAGCCACUCGUAAAGGUCGAGCGCCAGAAUUGGGACGAGGAAGUUGAAGAAGAGUAA